GCAACGAGGCGACCCCGGGAUCAGACCGGCUCAACUUUUUUAUGGGCAAGGCAGCAUUGUUUCUCCUUCGUCAUUAACUUUAAUUAAUUUCACCUUUAAUAAUUCACAAAUUGCUCAAAAGUUCCAAAGUUCAAACAGUUUACAAGCACUCAUCGCUUGAGAUUGGUGACAUCCUUCAAAGUUUGGACAUAAUUAAUUUUAAGUUGUACUGUACGUGUUAAGUUUUAUAUACAUUUAGUAGUUUUUUUGAAUAACCUACUACGCCAUGUCGAAUUCUACUACUUCGGAUGAGGGAGCGGCGUCUCUCGACACCAGCAAUUCCGUCAUGUCUUUAACAUCUGUUGAAUUUGUUUCGGACGUUGAUGCCUUCAUGGCAGAGCCCGAAAACGAUAAUAAUGCUCAAAAUGUUCUCAGGAGGUUGGAAGAAACGUACAGCAAGCUGAAAAUGUCUGAAGCGAACAAUGUCAACACGAAGAGGAGAUUGAACACCCAACUCGCCGAGUUUGACAACAGUUUAAAAAUGCUGGCUGAGCUGAAACGACGACGGGAUGAAGGAGCUGCAAUGACGACACAGUUUCGACUGGCUGACCAUGUCUUUGCGCAAGCGACAAUUCCGCCCGCGGAUAAGAUUGGGUUAUGGUUGGGCGCAAGCGUGAUGCUUGAAUACAGUCUAGAGGAGGGCGAAGCUCUGCUGAAGGCGAAGAAUCAGAAAGCUGAAAAGAGUUUGGAAAUGACGAACGUCCUUAUCGACUCUUUGCGCGAGAGUAUUACCACUUUAGAAGUGAACAUGGCCAGAAUCUUUAACUGGGAUGUGAAGAGGAGACAGUUGGAAAAGGAGAAGGCAGGCAUUGCAGGAGGCAACACGAAAAUGGUUGGGGUGGCGUAGCGACAUCAGUCGACAGUUAUCAUGCUUUGGUUACAAAUGCUAAUACAAUAACUAUGAUUAAUUAAAUUACGUGGUAUGCACCUUCCCACCUUUAUCAUGCUGAAAAGAAUAAUUCCGAAAAGAGCAGCUUACAUAUUAUCAGGUCUUCUUCGUUAUAUAACUACACUAAAAAUUGCUAUAUAAUGUCAUCCAAAUCAACUCAAAUGCAACUUUCUUUGUAAUUUUAUUACUCACCGAGUUAAAAUAAAAUGAGUUUAUUCUCACAUUGCUGUAAAA